UUAUCGUUUACCCAGAAUUGCAAAAACAAGGAAGAAGCAAUACUGGAAAUAUACCAAACGCCGGACACCCCUGCAAUGUUACGAAAGACUUCCACACCAUCGCCAAGGCGUGCGACAAACGAUCAUCAGAGUGACAGUCGCUUAGCUCUCGGAGACAUCAAGAAGUCAUAGAAGCGCUGUGCAAUCCACCGAGCACGUAUUCAUCAGCCUCACCUUGCCGCCGCUCCUUACUGAGGCAGAUCACUCAGCCAUGCGGUUCUUCGCUAUCGUUCCCAUUCUAUUGCUUACAGCAGCUCUUGUUUUAACAUUCCUUGGCCUCUUUGCUGGACAUAGAGAAACUUUCCUUCAAGACUAUGAAGUCCUAAACCUCAACAUUUCCCAGCUUGGAUUGAGAAGCGUCCAAACUGUUUCGUCGGCAGGUACCAGCGAAUUUGGACGAGCAGUCAACGAACUCCCAGCCGAUGUCCGGAAUCUUGUCGAACAGAAUGCCAACUCGGCAGUGCAAGCUCUCGGUCUACCACAGUUCUACAACGCUCACGUCUUGAACUGGUGUGAAGGCGAAUACGAACCAAAUGCAGAAGCGGAGAACGCAAAGAAGAAUUUCACCCACUGUUCGAAAGAACAAGCUGGCUACAGCUUCGACCCACGAGAAGAAAUUCAAGCCACUCUGGACGACGCCGGGUUCUCAGAUGUCAAAGUCAAAGACCUGGGUUGGUGGCCGCAAUCACUCGACGAUGCACUGGACCUAGUCAAACCAAUCACCCGCGCCGCAUUCAUCCUCUUCGUGGCCGAAUGCGUCGUCAUCUUCGUCUGUCUCUUCUCCGCUGUCGUGGCGUUCUUCGCAUCUGGACGCGUCAGCGCUUGCUGCAACAUUUUCUUCAACCUGCUGGCAUUCUUAAUCAGCGCGGCGAUCUCUUCACUCAUGACGGCGCUGGUCGUCGUCGGCAAAGCCGCCAUCAACGAAUAUGGCUCUGAUUAUGGGGUGCACGCAUCUGGAGGACACAAAUUCUUGGCAUUGUCGUGGGCGGCAACUGCGUGUCUCUUGGUUACGGCGCUCGCGUGGUGCAUCGACUGCUGCAUUCCAAGGCACAAGAAGCAGCCAGUUGUCGAGAAAUACAUUGAGUGAGUGGAUGAGCAUGGUCGAAUGAUCGAGGAAGCUGGAAAGGAGCGCAAAAUAAUACGCGUGUGUAGGACUGAUGUAGACAUUUCAUGAAGUGAUUGAACAUACCUCUAGCUGUUCAUUUCCCAGACUGUUGUGGCGAGAAGGUGCCAUUCGGCAUGCCGAACUCCUGGAAUCGCUCCUCACAGUGCGUGUUACCGCAUUCGGCUUAAGUGCAUUUGAGCAAGAUCUCUGCAGGUUGCACCAGGUCUGGAUGCGGUCUUCCCACGCGCUUGAUCUGGUCUUCCGUAACUUCGUCUGCCAGAGCGGGCUCUCACGAACAAAAUUCGCAUCUCG